CAAUUGAUAGAGCCAUUUCCAGGUACUGAGCCAUAGCUUAAUCAAAUCAUGCGUAAGAAAGAUCCUGUCAGAAUUGUUCGAUGCCAUAAGCAUAUAGAAAUCCUAACAGUAAAUGGAGAAUUACUGUUUUUUAGACAAAGAGAAGGGCCUUUUUAUCCAACCCUAAGGUUACUUCACAAAUAUCCUUUUAUCCUGCCACACCAGCAGGUUGACAAAGGAGCCAUCAAAUUUGUACUCAGUGGAGCAAAUAUCAUGUGUCCAGGCUUAAGUUCUCCUGGAGCUAAGCUUUACCCUGCUGCAGUAGAUACCAUUGUUGCAAUCAUGGCAGAAGGAAAACAGCAUGCUUUAUGUGUUGGAGUUAUGAAGAUGUCUGCAGAAGAUAUUGAGAAAGUCAACAAAGGAAUUGACAUUGAAAAUAUCCAUUAUUUAAAUGAUGUGCUGUGGCAUAUGAAAACAUAUAAAUAAGCCUCAGAAGGAAGGCACUUGGGCUAAAUAUGGAUAUUGUGCAGUAUCUGUGU